CUACUGCGGCUUCAGGACUCGACCUCUUGCGCCGCCGCCAUGACCUUCAAGCGCCGCAACGGCGGCCGCAACAAGCAUGGCCGCGGUCACGUCAAGUACAUCCGGUGCUCAAACUGCGCCAAGUGCUGCCCCAAGGACAAGGCGAUCAAGAGGUUUCAGGUGAGGAACAUCGUGGAACAGGCGGCCAUCAGGGACGUCCAGGAAGCAUGCGUCUAUGAUGGCUACGUCCUCCCGAAGCUGUACGCCAAGGUGCACCACUGCGUCUCGUGCGCGAUCCACGCUCACAUCGUCCGCGUCCGAUCCCGUGAGAAGCGCAGGGACCGCAAGCCGCCGGAGCGCUUCAGGCGCAGGGAGGAUAGGCCUGCUGGUGGACAAGGAGGCCCCCGCCCUGGUCCUGGUGCUGCUGCUACAGCUCCAGCUCCAGCACCGGUUGCUGCUCGCCCAUAGGCUUUAGCUUUUCGACCGUGUUAAGUCUUCUGCCCACUCAGUUUCGGAGUUGUCCCCCGUGCGUGUGUGAAGCUGCUAUAUUAGAGUUACUUUUUGUCUAAAGUCUGAACAUUUUCGAAGAAUUUGAAUAUCUGAACAUUUGAAUGUUUGUGCUGAGUUUUUCAAAGAAUUUGAAUAUCUGAACAAUUGAAUAUCUCACUUGAACGUUA